AAUGUUGCAUAGCAGCAGUGACCACCAAGGAGCCCUUCAUACCUCACUUUCAUGGUGGCGCAGUGGCGGAUGGUGUCUUCCAAGAUAGUGCAGACUGGUCUGCCCCAGGUUCAGAUUCUGAAAGUGGUGAUUCAAACUCAGGAAGAAGAUGAGAAGCCCCCGGAUGAGAGACUCAAUUCCAGAAGGGCACAUGUCUAUAUAACUUUUACGGGCUUGGCCAAGUCCCCACGUCUUGUUGAGAUUGGUGAGCAUGUUGCACGCAAAGCUAUCAUUAGAAGAGUUAUCGAUGAUUCAGGAUACUUGACUCUUCAGGGUAAGUUUUGGAGUCUCCAGAGUGGAGAAAAAGCCGAGAGUUCUCAAAAACGACCUCGCUCAAAAGGACCUCGCAUUUUCUAGGUGUUUAGCCAUGGCUGUGUCUGCGUAAUGACAAGAUCCAUUUGAAGAUGUUUGAUCAGAUAAUAAGCCAAUAAGCUAUCUUGUGCGUUUGAACUGUUUAGGUGAAUUUGUUUUUGUGUUGUAUGUACUGUUUUUGAAUACAAGAAGUUAAGUUAU